UGUUUGAGCGCUCGGCCGGGACGUCGGAGUUUCGCGGCGGCAGUAGCGCGAUCAGCCCCGCACGGUACGCACGAUGGUCGCGCAGAAGCACGUGCUCGCGGCCACGCUCCUGUGCGCGCUGGCCGGCCAGCUCGGCGCCGGGGCCAGCCUCCACUGCGCCAUGCGCAGGGAGAUCUCCCCGUGCACCUGCCGGCGCGAGGAAUCCAACACCGGUGCCAUCCUCGUCCUCUGCCACCGGAUCAAAGCUUAUGAAGAGAUCGCGAAAGCCCUCACUAAUAAAUUCAGCCCAGAAACAAAAAUUGGACUCGACAUAUCCCAUUCGCAGCUGCCGGAUAUUGCUGAUCACAGUUUUCGAGAACUAGGCCUCUCUAUCACAAAACUGAAACUGAAUAAUGACAAUCUAAGCGAACUGCCAGAGAACGCGUUCACAAGGCUAGACCUGGUGGACUACUUCAGCGUGUCGGACAACGCGCUGGCCGAGAUCCCGCGCCACGUGGUACGGCAUCUGCCGCACGCCAAGACUCUGGACCUUUGCCGCAACAAGAUCUCCAAGCUCACCGAGGACGACUUUAAAGACUUACAAGAACUCGAACACUUGUUAAUAGCUAACAACGAGAUAUCAAAGAUCGAGCGGCACGCUUUACCAAAAGCCCUGAAGCACGUUCAUCUUGGAAUCAAUAGCCUGAACAGCCUAAACGGUGCGCUCAGAGAUCUGGACGAGUUGGAGUGGAUAUUCAUUAACGCUAAUAACCUGAAAUCCCUCGAGAAUGAAUUACCAAUAAGAUCAAAAAAGAUAUCCUUCAUACAUGCCGCACAAAACGACCUGCAAAGUUUGCCCAAGGACCUAAGGCAAAUGCCUACGCUAGACUCCCUAUUUUUCUACGACAAUAACAUCAAACUGUUGGAUGGGGCUCUGCAAAAAUCUCGAAAAUUAACAAAGAUCAAUCUUUCAUUUAAUGAAAUUGAAAGCUUGGCUGAAGAUGAAUUUGCGGAAGCUGAAGUUUUGGCGUAUCUCGACAUUUCGUACAAUCAAAUUAAAUCACUCAAUGGUUCGUUGAGAAGCCUUAAGUCGUUGCGCUAUUUGAACCUAACGCAUAACUCUUUAAUAGAGUUCUCUCUGCAAGAAAUUAAAGGUUUAAAGAAAUUAGAUGUAAUCGAUUUUUCGCAUAACAAAAUUAAUCACAUCACUGGAAACAUGGAGAACCUAGUCGACGUUGAAACGAAAGUGCUGGAGUUGCGCCUGGAUCACAACCAUCUCGUAACCCUCGGGGGCGCUCUAGUAGGGUUCCAUGGCCUCAUGAGACUUAACCUGAGCAACAACCAGCUGCAGCAGAUAUCAUCGGACGACCUCAAUGGCCUGGAAGACUUGAAAGUUCUCGACUUAUCGUUUAACGACAUCGCCACCCUGGAAGAAACUUCUAAGUCAUUUUUGCCAUCUCUUGAGGAGCUAAUCGCACACCACAACAACGUCAGUGCCCUCGACAAAGACUUCCACGGGCUCCCGUCGUUGUGCAUGGCAGAUCUGUCGUACAACAAGAUCCGCUCCAUCAAUUACGAUCUCGUGUCAAAAACGCGGUGUACCAUAAACGGUGUACCCAGUAAACUGAAGAUAUACCUUCAAGAUAAUCCGGUGUUAUGCGACGAACGGAUGAAUGAGAUGGUUAUGAUGCUGGAGAAUCUGAACGCUCGGGUGAGCGGGUCGUCGACGUGCCUGGGCACGCAGACGGCGGCGCCGCUGCUCAGCAUGCGUGCUCUGAACGACGUGGCGCCGCGACAGGACGCCGCCGUCAUCGUGGUAGCGCAUCUGCUGCCGCACGAUGACCAGCGCCCGCUACCGCCCACGUACCGGCGCGUCGGCGCCCUCAUCGGCCACGUGCUCCCCGAGCACGAGGGCGGGCUGCCCGUGGUGGUGGAGCCUCCCGUCACGCUGCCGCCCACCACCAACGUCGUCGUCAAGUGGCCCGACGACCAGCACCCGCACCCGCUCGCGGAUCUGCGCCUGCGCGACCUCAACGCGCCGGCGCAGUGAGCCGCACCCACCUUCGGGAACUCAGUGCUGCGCCCUAACAAACGUACUGAUACCGACCCCGGCCCGAACAGGGCAGUGACUCUAACUCGGCCGAGUGCACUAAUUAUUAUAUAACUACCAAAAGUAGCUACUUCCUACAUUUUUAGAGCUGAGAUGUAUAUAAGUAGUAGUAUUUUUAUAGCCACUGAUGACGCAUUCUACUGAUUUAGCUAUAAUACGCAGCGUCAAUUAAGUGGUUAUAAUGUGCGAGCACGUAAGUAAUAAUAAGUGUAACAACAUGAAUACUGCCCGCAGGACGGUUCGUGAAGAACCGUUUUCGAGAAGCGCCAGUCGGGCUACAGGCGUCAGAUGCUUUGCCAGCUCUUAUGGAAUAGAUAGAGCCUAUUUACGCCUGGCGUACAGCCCAAGUGGACUCACUAGAAUAUGUAUACAUAUUAAAAUGUUGUACCGAAGAGCUUUUAAGGGUAAAUUGACCAAAAGUAUAGACAGGCCCUGCAGCACUCUACGUCUCAAAAACAAAUUGGUUGUUUAUUUUUAUAGAAGAAUUCUUUAGCGGAGAUAUUAUGUGUGACAUUAUUAAAGUAAAGACCCCUGGACUACAUGUGGUUGUGGGCACAGAUGGUAAUACUUGCAUUCAUAUGAAUUAUCCCACCUGUUCCCGCCUCGUGUGUGGCGGCGGGAACAAAUGGGAAUACACCCGAAAUUAAACUAAAGACCCCUGGACUACAUGUGGUUGUGGGCACAGAUGGUAAUACGUGCAUUCAUAUGAAUCAUUCGCAUCUUUUCCCGCCUCGUGUGUGGCGGCGCUCAAAGGGGCGGGAACAAAUGGGAAUACACCCAAAAUUAAACUAAAGACCCCUGGACUACAUGUGGUUGUGGGCACAGGUGGUAAUACGUGCAUUCAUAUGAAUUAUUCCCAUCUGUUCCCGCCUCGUGUGUGGCGGCGGUUACGUGGGGCGAGAACAAAUGGGGAUACACCCGAAAUUAAACUAAAGACCCCUGGACUACAUGUGGUUGUGGGCACAGGUGGUAAUACGUGCAUUCAUAUGAAUUAUUCCCAUCUUUUCCCGCCUCGUGUGUGGCGGCGGUUACGUGGGGCGAGAACAAAUGGGAAUACACCCGAAAUUCAGGUAAAUCAGAUACCGGAAAUGUUACAAUUUAGUAAGGUUUUCAAGGUUUGAAUAAAAUGUAUCAUCGAAAUUACGUAAGCGUGAAAGUUAAGAACGAACCUUAGGGCUCCUCUACACGAUGGCCCAUCAUACGCCAGUCAAAGGACGUAGCUAUGCAGUGGAAUGAGAUAGCAAUAUCACUUGCUCCCUUUAACGCAUAAAUGCGUCCCUUGGACUGGCCUACGCUGGGCCAUCGUGUAGAGGAGCCAUUACUGUCAGUGUCAUCAUUAAUAAACACUAAACAGAGUGUCAGUGACACUAGAAAACCUGGAACUGCUCACAAAAAAAACUAGCAACUUUUUCUACUGUCAGCAUACUUGCAUAUAAUUAAAGGGAUUUAAAUGUUUAAUUAUAACAUACAAGUUAAUACCUAUCAGGUCAGUAAUAUAGUAAUGCAGAAAUAUAAAUUAUCGGCCAGGUACCAUGGCCAUUAACAGACUGAAAAAUGUAUCUACCAUUCAGUUCACGGAAAUUAAAGGCCCUGGGAGCCUAGGAUUUGGCUCUGGAUGGAUGGAUAUAAAUACUUUUGGCUUUUGCUAAAAUUGUAAGGAUUCAUUACUCCUCAAAUAUUAGGAAAUUAGUACAGAAAAGUAUUUUAGUCAAGUACAGAAAAUAACCUAAUUCUACGUAAAAUGUAUCAAUGUCUUAUUGCUCGAGAAUAAUAUACAAAUGCGGAUUUUUUUUUAAUUACUUUGACUAGACUGACCUCAUCUUAGUAUGUUCUUUUUUUUUAUGAGUCACCAAAGGCUUGCAAUGAUGGAAGAAACCAAAGAUUUAAUUCUCAUGCAUUUCCCCGCAAGAAUUAUAUUAUCUAAAUUAUGAGAACAUUCAAUGAAGUAAAUCGUUACAGUAAUAUGGUAAGUAUUUAACUCAGUUGACAUUGUCGAAUUUUCUUGAAGGGGAAUGGAAAAAUAAUUUAUGUAACAAAUAUUAUUACUUAGUUUAAGCUUAAAUAUUUUAUUAGUGUUAUUUAUACUGUCGAUUAACAAUAGCUUUAAGAGAGUAAUUAGAUACGAUACCGCCAACGCCGAAAUAAUUAAUUCGAGUUGAAGUAAAUAUAUAAAAUUAAAUGAACCGAAUAACAAAUACCUAUACAUGUACCUAAUCUAAAAAAAAUCUGUAUCUGAAAAUGUAACUAUAUCAAUAUAAAUGAAAACCGUGGUCCGGAGCUCAUUACUCCAAAAUAUAAUUAUUAACCUUGUAUCUACUAGUUGUUGUUUCGAAUAAAUAAAAGUUCAAAAUGC